AUGAUUGAAAGAACUAGAAUAGCCAACAAAUCCAUGGUGAGAGAAUUCCUUCUGAUGGGAUUUUCUGAUGACCACGACGUACAAUUUCUUCAUUUUGUCAUGUUUCUAAUCAUUUACUUAGUAGCUUUAACUGGGAAUUUAGUCAUUGUGUUUGUUGUAAUCCUGAACCAACACCUUCAUACCCCCAUGUACUUCUUUUUGGUCAACCUGUCCCUGACUGAUAUUACUUACAUCACAACCACUGUCCCCAAAUCAAUGGCAGUUUCUCUGACAGAUAACAAAAUAAUUACUUUGCCUGGAUGUGUGGCUCAGGUUUUCUUAGUUAUUACUAGUGCAUGUUCUGAGAUCUUCUUGCUUACCAUCAUGGCUUAUGACCGUUAUGUAGCUAUCUGCCAUCCCCUACAAUAUACCCUUAUCCUGAACUGGGAUACAUGCAAUCAAAUGGCAGCUACUUCCUGGGUCAGCUCCCUGCUUUAUGCAUCUCUACAAACAGUCAUCACUUUCCAAUUAAACUUCUGUGGGCCAAACAUGAUUGGGCAAUUUUUCUGUGAUAUUCCUCAGUUACAAAAAAUUUCUUGCACAGAUACAAAAGUUAACCAAAUUCUGAUUUGGAUAUUUGGAUUAAUUGUUGGUUCCUUUUGUAUUGGAUUCAUAUUUGCAUCUUAUGGCUGCAUUAUCUCUGCUGUGCUGAAGAUUCCAUCAGUUGAAGGCAGAUACAAAGCCUUCUCCACUUGCAGUCCACACUUAACAGUUUUUUCUUUAUUCAUGUCUACAGCUUUCUUUUCAUAUCUGAGGCCAAAAUCUUUUUCCUUUCCCACUCUAGACUUACUCUCUGCUGUUUCAUAUACAGUUUUGCCUCCUAUUUUGAAUCCCAUUAUUUAUUGCCUCCGGAACAAGGACAUGCAAGCAGCUGUGUGGAAACUAAUGUCAAAAAUAAAAUGA